GCCAUCUUCUAAAGAAGUUUUAAAUAUCAUUGAAAAUUGGAUUUUUCGUCCUGAGAAUAAGAAAAUUGAAGAUAUUAAUGAAGAAUUAAAAAGCAAUAUUAUGGAAUUUAUAAAUGCACCAAUUAAGCAUAAUAAUCUAAUUGUAAAAUCUCAUCCAAAAGCAUGCUAUACGAGUCAUUUACUUGAUUUUACCAGUGAAGAAUUAAAUGAAAUUCUGGAACUAGAAGAUUCUCAAGGAUUUCUUAAAUUUUUGGAACAAAAAUAUCAAAGUUCUCAAAAUGAGUUUGAUUAUCACUCCAUAAAACCGAAAAUAAAGUGGGUUUCAUAUUCACAAAUUAAAAAUUUAAAAAAAAUAGCAGAAGGAGGAUUUGGUAUUGUUUAUAAAGCUUUAAUUAAUGGAGACAUUGUUGCUAUAAAAAAAGUUUUAUAUUCUCAAGAACCAAAUAAAUAUUUUUUAAAUGAGUUCAAAUCACUUUAUCAAUGUUAUGAUAGUAAAUUUGAAUAUAUUAUUAAAUGUCAUGGUAUCACAAAAGAUCCUAUAACAAAAGAAUUUAUGUUUAUAAUGAAAUAUGCAAAUGGAGGAGAUUUACAUAAUUAUUUACAAAAAAAUUUUGCAGAGAUUACAUGGAAGAAAAAAUUGCACAUUUUGUGGCGAAUUUCAGAUGGACUUCAAACUAUUCAUGAAAAAGAUUUCGUACAUCGAGAUUUUCAUAGUGGAAAUAUAUUGGUUGAAAUAAUUGAAAAUGAUUCAUGCAAAAUAGAUCAAUAUCUAAUUGGAGAUUUAGGAUUAUCACAGCCUGCAAAUGAAAUUCCACAUGAUAGUAGUAUAUAUGGAGUAAUACCUUAUAUUGCACCAGAAAUAUUUAAAGGCGUCAAAUUUUCUAAAUCAUCUGAUAUUUAUUGUAUGGGCAUGAUUAUGUGGGAAUUAACAACUGGCUGUAAACCUUUUGCUAAUGUUGAACAUGAUGUUGAUUUAAUUUAUAAAAUUAUUGAUGGAAAACGGCCUAAUAUUACUGACGACACUCCCGAAGAUUUUGCUAAUUUAAUGAAAAAAUGUUGGAAUCCUGAUCCUAAAAAGAGACCUUCAGCAACGGAUGUUUGUGAAAUUUUUAAUUCUUGGUCAAAUAUGGAAAUGGAUGCUGAAUAUUUUAAACAAGCUGAAGAAAUAAGAUUAGAAUUAAUAAAAUCAAAAAUGCUUGGACCAGAUUUUAAUGAAAAACCUCAUCCAAAAGCAAUUUAUACAAGUAGAUCAUUAAGUUCUUUAACUGGUUCACCUUCAAUUAUAACGUUAAAUACGAAAUCAAAUAAUAAACUUAUUGAAGAAUCUGAAGAAUCAAUCAACAAUGAAGAAUAUAUUACAACAGAAUAUGAGUUUGAUAUAUAUAAAUGAAAUCUAAAGGUACAAUUGAAAUUUUUCUAUUAUUGCUUUUUAAUAAUUGUUUUGGCAUAUUCAGUAUCAAGAGAAGUAAUCAAAUAAAUCCAAGGAAACAAGAUGCAACUGAAGAUUUUACCAAAUAUUUUAUUUUAUUUUAUUUUA